AUGAAGUACAAGUCACGAAAUGACUGUUCUUUCUCUCAGUGCUUAGAUGAGUACGAAGAUGAUGAAGCAGGACAGAAAGAGCGGAAGCGAGAAGACGCCAUCACACAACAGAACACCAUCCAGAAUGAAGCUGCGAGCCUGUUGGAUCCAGGCACUUCCUACCUGUCCCAGGACCCGUCAAGAACAGUUCCAGGCAGAUACAAAAGCACAACCACUGCCUCAGAAGAUGAUGUCUCAAGUAGAUAUCCCCGAACAGACAGAAGUGGCUUCAACAGACAUAACAGAGAUGCAAACGCAGCGGGGAAUUUCGCCUCAAGUAGCACAUUGGAAAAGAGAAUUGAAGAUCUCGAAAAGGAAAUAAUAAGAGAAAGGCAAGAAAACCUUAGGCUUGUGAGGCUGAUGCAAGAUAAAGAAGAAAUGAUCGGAAAACUCAAGGAGGAGAUUGAUUUGUUAAAUAGGGACCUAGAUGACAUAGAAGAUGAAAACGAACAACUAAAGCAGGAAAAUAAAACUCUUUUGAAAGUUGUUGGACAGCUGACAAGGUAGAAGGCUCGAAGCUCGGUGUGGAGAAUUAAUUCUGUUUUUAAACUACUGAUUGAAUGUCAUGGCUAAGGCAAAGAUGAUGUUCCUGUAAUGCAAUAAAUACAUUGAGAUAACUGUAUAUUUAUUUCCAGACACCAGAUGGAUAUUGGUUUUCAAAGUUAACUCUUUUUCCUUAUUAGUUUUAAAAAGUAUCAACCUUGUAUUUCACAAAUUAUAGUAACACUUUUAGUUAUCAAAAUGAUACAGGUAAUGCCUCUUGGUUUUGUGUAAUAUUCCAGUGAUAUAUGGUUCAAAGUAACAGCCAUUGCAUAUGUUUUACUUAUGUCAGUACAUAUUCUCCCUAAAGGAAUAUGCAUAGUCUUUGUUUACAUGAAUUCAAAUACUUGGGGGAAUUGCCUACAAAUGCCUUAUUACUAACGUGUGCGGCCUUCUGUGUGUUAAUACUUACUCAUAAAGACCUGUUCUUUCCACCUGCUCUAAUGAUUUCGAGUAGUAGUAGAUACACUAUUUUGAAUAGCAGUAAUCUUUGAAAGGAAAUCUAUUUUACAGAGCUACUUAUGUUCUAGCUGGCUAAAUAUAAACUUAAGAAAAUACUUGAACUGUGUUAUAAGUGAGUGAAAAUUUACUAUUCUGUGUUUGAAUAUUGAAAAAAUUCAUUUACUUCCGGAAAAACAGUUAAUGUAUAGUUUCUUUUCUUUUUUAAGUGAGUUUUUAUCAUGAAAAAGCAAUGUGAUCUAGGAAACUGACACACUGGUAUCUUUCUAAUGAAAUGACAUAGCAGAUUUUCUUAAAUAAUUUACAAAGAGCAGAAACUGGUCUUGAACAGUGUUCCCCUCCCUGCCGCCCCCAGUGCCCCACCCUGAGCUGGUAAGUAGGGAGAGCUCAGGCUUGCAAAGUCUACAAAUAUCUCCUCUAUUCCUGUGGGGCCCUGUAAUGUAUAGUUUCUUAUGUAGGUACUAUCUAUUUUUUUUUUAUUGCUCUAUGGUUUAUUAGUAAAUAUGGGAUAUUUAAAAAGUUGUGUAUUCUUCUGGCCUCAAGUCGUGUACAGUUUCAGUGUUGAAGAAGAAAAUUGAUGCUUUUAAUACCAUGUGCUUCAAAAUCAGAACCAAAAUAUUUUUCCACACUUAAAGUACGUAUACGUUUGUUAACCUGUUUAAGUACGGGUGAUGCAGAAUCACUCAGCUGAUUCCUGAGUCAGAGAAUCCCUGGGAUGUGUUUUUUCUUCACGAGAGAAUAGUCCCAUGUCACAAGGGAUACGGCUUCCUAACACUGAAAAUUUUGAGAAUUCUAAAUCGACCUUAUUUGAAGAUUUAUAAAAUAAAGUUGUCUUCUUUUAAAUGUCCUUAGUAUUUAUGUCUUGUGUUGUGUUUCUGUAUUACAACCCCUUGCCCUCCCUUAACACAUGGGCACGUCAUAGUUGAAUCUUUCCCUUUUUCUUCCCUCUUUUUAAUGGUUCUGGGGACUGAACCUGGCAGGCACUCUGGAUAGGUGAAUUUCAGGUAGACAGACUGUUUGUUCAUCAGCAUUCAGGACUUGAACAUGGUAAAGCCCCACUGGGUCCCCUGCUGGCUUUUUUUUUUUCCACUUACCAAAUCCAUUCAUUUAUCCACUGCUGGAAAAACAGGGAAGUAAGACAAUUGGGGGAAGCAUGGAGGAGUAGUGAUCCAUUUAAGAUACUACCUUCUAGAAAUCUCUGCAUUGGCCACGAGUGUCUCUCCAACCCCUCACUUCAGAAAUUUGGGAUUGACCAUCAGAACCGCUUGAGGAACAGAAACACAAGAGACAUAGUUUAGACCUUGGUCUGGUGAUCCCUUGCCAAAGGCACUCCCUCUGUUCAUGCUCUCUGAUGAUAGUGAGGUUGUCACUCUGUGCUUGAAGACUUGAACCAGGGCCUGCAAUGACCCACCUGGUAAAAGCUCCUCUUCCCAACAUUGGCAAGCCCAGGCUUCAAAUUCCAGAAUCCACAUGGUGGCAGAAGACCCAGCUUCCAUGAGUUGUCCUCUGACUUCUGUAUGUUUAAUGUUUCGUGUAAACAUACACACAGAGACACAGUCACACUAAAUGUAAAAAUAAUAAAAUGAACCAUUAUCCAAAAAAACCUGAGCCCAUAUUCGUCUUUUGUUUUGAAUUUUUAAGGUCUCCCUUUAUAGCCUAGCCUGGCUUGAGAUUCAUUCUGUCAUCCAGUCCAGCCUCAAAGUCAUAAUCCUCCUGCCUAGGGUUUUUUUUUUUUUUUAACAUUUUUAUUUAUUUAUUUUUAUUUUGCUUAACUAUAUUUCCUAACAUGUUAGAGUUGCAUCUUCACCCUGAUCCCGGGUCAAAUAAUGAGAUACAAGUAUUUUGCAUUAAAAUUUUCAUGUGUUUGAGGCAGACAUUUAAGUGGACAUCUGCUAACUCUUCCACUUAGCCAAGUAUAGUCCAUGUAGUGCGUACCAGUAGACUUAUGCCUUAGCUAGCAUAAGUCUGUCCCAUCUGAAUGGCUGGUUCCAGAGUAGGCUUUUGUCACUAUCCAGCCCUUGUCUGGUAGAUCUAGUUGGUAAGGACUGUUUCAUUUGCUGAAACAUUUCUAAGCCAUAAAGGGAAAUAACUGAUGCACACUGGGAAGUAUAUUACUGUGUUUUAAUAUAAUUACAAAUUUGGAAAAGAUCAUUAAGAAAUGUCAUAAGUAAAAAGGAUUCAAUGUAUGGCACAUACAAAAAGUGUUGGUUAUAUUCUAAUUUGUAUUUUUGUAGAGUAUGUCAUCAUCUACAUAACCUUCAGUUCAUUUGUUGUCAGUCUCUCUGGUAAUUAAAAUGUUAAAUCACUUGAUGGGCAUUGAUUGAUUGCCCCAUUUUAUUUUGGUUUUCCUUCUGCAUGCCAAAUUGAAUGUAUGGUUUGCUUUGUUUUGUUUUGUUUUACUGUUGUGUUGUUUUGUUUUGUCAACUUUACUCCUUGGAAAUUUUGCCUUCACUAUGUGUUGAUUUUAUUCUCAUGUAAGUUUUGUUUCUCUAAAUAUAAAAUGCAAACGACAAUUGCUACCAGCAAAAGUCACAAGACAGCUUAAGAUUUACUGUGUGGUUAAGAUCAGGAGUUCUGAACCCAAAUAUUGGUGAAAAUUAUCUGGUUUAAGUAAAAAGUGUUGUGUGAACAGUUUUGGACAUUCUCAUUGUGUGGAUUUGAUUAUGACAGAGUCAGCUCAGUACAGAUUCACUUUUAUAAUAAGCUUUUCAUGUAAAAAAAUGAAUCCUCAAUAAAAAGUACAUUUUCAUCUCCUUUUCA